AUGAAGAAAGAUAUAGUCGAGUAUGUUAGUAAAUGCUUGACUUGUCAGCGGGUAAAAGUAGAACAUCAGGUACCAACAGGUUUGUUACAGCCUAUUACUAUUCCUGAGUGGAAAUGGGAUUGCAUUACCAUGGAUUUUGUUACGGGAUUGCCAUUGUCAGUGAGUAAAAAGAAUGCCAUUUGGGUGAUUGUCGAUCGACUCACAAAGUCAGCUCACUUUAUAACAGUUAGAACUGACUGGUCACUACAGAAGCUUGCCGAGGUUUAUAUUCGGGAAAUUGUUAGAUUACAUGGUUGGGAACGAUAUCUGCCACUAGCAGAAUUUGUUUAUAAUAAUAGUUUUCAAUCUAGUAUUCAAAUGGCUCCAUAUGAAGCACUUUAUGGUCGAAGCUGUCGAUCACCAGUGUGUUGGACAGAGUUAAAAGAAAGAAAAGUGAUUGGGGUGGAAUUGAUUCAAGAAACAGAAGAAACAGUUAAAAAGAUUAAAGAUAGACUAAAAGCCGCUUUCGACAGACAGAAAUCUUAUGCAGAUCUGAAACGACGAGACAUUGAAUAUUCUGUUGGUGAUAAAGUAUUCCUCAAAGUAUCGCCGUGGAAGAAAAUUUUGAGAUUUGGUCGGAAGGGAAAAUUGAGUCCACGCUUUAUCGGGUCGUAUGAGAUUGUGGAAAGAAUUUGGCCUGUUGCUUAUCGACUAGCCUUACCUCCAGAAUUACAGAAAAUUCAUGAUGUUUUUCAUGUUUUGAUGCUUCGGAGAUAUAGAUCGGAUCCUUCUCAUAUCAUUCCCACUAAAUACAUUGAAAUUCGAUCUGAUUUAACAUAUGAAGAAGAGCCGGUUCAGAUAUUAGCACGAGAAGUGAAAGAAUUAAGAAAUAAACGGGUCCCUUUAGUAAAAGUUUUAUGGAGAAGUCAUAGUGUGGAAGAAGCGACUUGGGAACCGGAAGAGACGAUGAGAGCACAAUAUCCUCAUCUCUUCUCAGACUGUUAUUUCCGCAUGCAGUCGAUAGAAGUCAAAGGUCCCGGUUCAGCAUCCAGACUAAUCCCGACUUCAGCAUAA